AUGCUCUUGCCAGCAACACUGGCUCUCUCCCUCUCAUCCCACCUCACAACCUCAACAACGCUCCUGUGUUCGACCAUAUACGACACUUCCUCGGCUCCCUUGCCUCUUCCCACUUCAACUUCAACCCUCCCCUCCCCACUGGAACUGUCUCCUGUGGUUUUACACAAUUAUACCACUACCACUACCACUGUGACGCCGAAACCAUUUUCUACGCUGUUCAGUGUGUUGGCUACCAAAACCGUCACUACAGAGGCACAAGCAACAAAUGGCACUUUUUAUGUUACAAUGACCAAGUUUGGGACGAGCACACAUUGGGAACACGACACCACUACCAAGACGGUGGUGAGCACGAGGUUUUUGACGAGUAGGACGACCAAAUGGGUUGAUGCUCCGACUGGGUUUGUGGGUGUGAGGAACAACACUGUUUCUUCUGCUGCGUCUUCUGCAUCUGCAUCUGCUGCUGUCUCGAACGGAAACCAAAAACGAAAGAGAAGUGCAACUGCAGUGGCACACCACCCUCGCUCCAGACGCCAAAACAAGCCUUCUCCAAAACCCAAACUGGUCAAACCUACAUCCGGAAACUUUGCGGCAAGAGUCGCCUGCAAACAAUGGGAAGAAAUCCACACGACAGAGGUGUUGCUUCUUACAGCAAGUAAACUCGCCACCGUGACAUUGCGACCAGAAACCGUAUACAAGAAUCGAACGGUAUAUGGGACCAUUACAUCUACUAUUCUUGUUUCCGGCUCUGCUUCAACCUCGGCCUCUGCAAGCACUUCCUUGUCGGCAGCAGUAUCGCAAGCAAAGCACAAGGAGAGGAAAAGAGAUACCCUCGCCUUCAGCAUCACAAGUCCACUCACACCAAUCCACUCCCGCGCCCCUCUGGCUUCUAUCGCUUUAUCCUAUCUUUCUUCUUCCUCUGUCGUACCGACAUCUAUCGUCACAAACACAACCACAGUGACAAAAACUCCCUAUACGAUUUCGUUCACCCACACGCGUACCCUCACUUCCACCUCUGUCCUCACUCUCCACGCCACAACAACGGUGACUUCCUAUGCCGCCUGCGCAACUUCCAACCUCCUCUCCCAGACCUCGAAGAAUAAAAGGAUCAAUGGCGUUUCCCUGCCCCUAGCUGGCCAAGGAAUAGAACAGGGAAUAAAGACAGAAGUGCAAGUCCUGCAAACAGAAAACCCGGAAAUUUGUUGUGAGCACUGUGUCAAGAGGGAAGGAUGUGCGUGGAGUAUCUGGCAAGCUGAAGGUAGGGAGAAGGGGUCUUGUUAUCUUACCCUCCUCUCCAACACAUCGUCACAGCAGAAGAAGAGAAACAACGAUAACAAACAAGGAACGGGGGAAGUGCGAGAGGCAGAGCAAGACGCAGGGAAAGCAGAGGCACAAUGUCCAAUUCAACAAGCAAAAGCAAUUUUUGGGUAUAGUGGCGGAAAUGGAGAGGUCAGGUACGUGGUUAGUAAUGGGUUAUGUGGGUUUUUGACAGAAGCGUAA